AUGGAACAAAGAAGAGAAAUUGAUAAUUAUAAAAAAUUUAAAAAGUUAAAAGUUCUGGAUAAGAGGAAUUACGACGAAGUUUGUGGAGAAGUAAAAGCAGGUAGAUUGUCGAAGGAUGUUGAACUGCAAAUUAGGGUGCAAUGUUACUACUUUUUUUUGAAAAAUGACUUCAAUUUAUUAGAAAUGCAUAAUCAACCAUUCAUAGGUACAGUUACAAUGUCAAUAAUCCAUGUUGCGAUAGGCCUGAAUGAUCAAGAAAUGAUAGAUCAUUUGUUAGCUUUGAAUUGCAAUCUCCAGGCGACGACAGGAUACGGAAAUUCAGUAUUGCAAUGGGCUGUCAUGUGUAACAAGUUAACGACUGUCGAAAAAUUAUUAGAUACUGGUGUUGAUAUCAAUGAUAUAGGAGAGGAUCACCAAUUGCUAUUAGCAAUAGCCGUCAGUUGGAACAGGUAUGAAGUGGUGGAAUUGUUAAUCAGUCGUGGUGCUCAAAUCAAUGACCGUAAAUCUUGUACCUUCAACAAGUCACCUUUCGGUUGUGCUGUCUUCGAAUCUAAUGUGAACAUGAUGAAGCUCCUAAUUAGUCAUGGUGCUGAUGUUAACUUAGCGGUGUCUCAUAUGAAAUCACACUGGACAUGCACACCAUUGAUAGCUGCUUGUAGUUUCGACAAUUCAACGGAUUCAAUCGAGUUCUUGUUAAAUCAUCCAUACAUUGACAUCCAGGCUGUUCACGAGAGUAAUGAAACUUGUGUAUUCUUUGCGGCUAGAAACGACCCCUUAGGCUACUUACAGUUGAUUCUAAAUACAAAUAUUGAUAUAAAUACUAAAAAUAUUUAUAAUAAACUGCCGUUAGAUGUUGUAUGGGAUGGCAAUAAUAAUGUAAUAAAUCGUCAUAUUGUUAAAUUGAUUGUCGCUGGAUUUUAUGUCUGUGAAGAAAACAGAGAAGCUGUUAGAGAUAGAAAAUUUGACAAGUUGAGGGCUGAAUGUUCUAAAGAAAUCCAAUUGAUGAAGGACACCAAAGAAUUAUACACCAACUGGUCCUGCUUCACGAUUCUUAUGAGGUCUCAGCAUUUUUUGGCUCUCCGCUUCAAACACGUUGAAGUUUCUGUUGAUCAAGAAGAAGAGUGGAUUAAAAAAUUCCCACUCUACGGAAAAAUUCUUGCGUUUCACCUAAAAAAGGCUCUGCAGCGGAAGAUGAUACUUAAACGCACAGACCAAGUGUUGUUUGAUAUUUUCUAUAAGAUAUUGCCGGAUACUUUUAUUCACGAUUUGUACCACUUUUUUAGUAAUUAUAAUCUGUCAAAGUUACUAGAUUACUUCACUUGCUCUGAAAAUGCAUCAAGUAAAUAA